GUGCCAAGCGCCAGUGACAAAUUAAGAAUCAGACAGCUUUAGGCGGCGGGGUCUGUCUCAGUCUUCCGCCCAGUCACUAACUGAAGAAACAUCAUCCUACAGCUGCGAGAUGAGGCUGCUGUCACUCCUGCUUACUGUGUCAUUAACGCUGGCACUUGCUUAUUAUAUUUACAUCCCGCUGCCUGAUGCCAUUCAGCAGCCGUGGAAGUUGAUGAUGCUGAAUGCCUAUUUAAGGACAGCAUUUCAUGUGGCCUCUUUGAAGCAAUGGCUGGGAUAUGACCAUCACACUAGAUCUCUCCUGCAGUUCACAUUUGGCUUUGAAGGGAUACUGAAGGAAUUUCUGAGUUCUGAGUCCAGUGCAGGGGCCGUUCCAGGCGUGAAGGUCAGCGACAUCACUUUCGCUGGCAUCCCAGUGCGAGUUUACGAACCCCCAGCUGGAGGGGAGGGUCAUCUGAGGAGAGGGUUGAUGUAUUUCCAUGGAGGUGGCUGGGCCUUCGGCACCACCAAGAAGGGGUCAUAUGAUAUUACCAACCGAAUGGUGUCAGAUGAGCUGAAUACUGUUGUGGUCUCUGUUGAGUAUCGUCUGUAUCCAGAUGCGCACUUUCCAGUGCCAUAUUUAGACUGUCUUGCUGCUGCCAAACACUUCUUGUCUCCAGAGGUUCUUGCCAAGUAUUCUAUUGACCCAGAUCGUGUGGCUGUGGCAGGUGAUAGCGCUGGAGGAAACCUUGCUGCUGCAGUUGCUCAGGAGAUUUCUGUAGAUGACAGCAUGAGUGUGAAAUUCAGUGUCCAAGCUUUGAUCUAUCCAGUGCUCCAGGCUUUGGAUUUCAAUACACCCUCCUAUUUGCAGAACCAAUAUAUCCCCCUCCUUUACCGGACCAACAUGAUCCAGUUCUGGCUGCAGUAUCUGAACAUUGACCUUUCUCUUAUGCCCGAGUUUUUUGUGAACAACCACAGCGCUUUGCAACACUCUUCACUCACCCCAGAGCUGAGGUCAAGACUUGACUGGAAUGUGCUACUUACUCAGAAGUACAAGAAGAACUACAAUCCUGUCAUUGUGGAAAAGGGAUCUGAGGGGUUUCUGAAGAAGGUGCCAAGCCUGCUUGAUGUGCGGGCGGUACCACUGCUGGCUGGGCCAGAAGUGUUGGCAAAAUGCCCUCGUGCAUACAUUCUAACAUGUGAGCAUGACGUGUUGAGGGAUGAUGGGCUGAUGUAUGCCCGCCGCUUACAGGAUGCAGGGGUCGCUGUUACCAGCGACCACUAUGAGGAUGGCUUCCAUGGAUGUUUCAGUUUAACAUCCUGGCCACUUGAAUUUGAUGUUGGGAAGAGGGCACUUAGGAGUUACCUCAACUGGCUGCAGAACAACCUGUAGAAGUGUGUAUGUGUGUUUUUGCAAGUGAGUAAUGGUUGGAAGCCCUUUUCUUUGUGAAUCACAGGCUUGGCUGAAGGCCUAGUAAAUGUACUCUUUGUUUAAAAAUCUGACAUCUAAGCUCAGGGCCCUUGUGUACCUGCACACGCUCAGUACAUGUGAAGUUUUUAUGAUACUUAGAACCAGUCUAAUCUGCUGGCAACAUCAGCAUAGCUAACACUGUCACCAACUAAUAAAGAUACUUUAUAAAUUCAUUAAAGUGCUUUGACAGCCAAUAGCUUUGCUUAAAUGGAUUCAUUCAUCGGCUGUUUCCAAUACGAAGGAUCGUGCAUGUGCUGUUUUGUAGCGACACAAAAAACACAUGAGUAAUAAAUGUCACAAGACCUUUUUGAUUUAUACUCCACUAUUAAAACAAAAGCAUCACAAGUUAGGUCCCAAAGUCGAAAACAAUCAUUUGAAUUGUGUUUUUUUCCCCCUCACUAAAAACAGCUGAGGUUAGGUCAGCAGUUUCAGCAGCGUUCAGUAUUUUACCCUGUUGGCUGGUACACAGUAGAUCUGCCACUUUUAUUCAUAUUGAAGUUGCUCAAUGACUAUCAAAAUGACUGCCAUGAAUUUUUAAACUGUCAUGCACCCCAAAGGAUAAAAAUUAGUCUGGCAAUUUUAUGGGGUUGACUUUUUGGGUUUUGAAUGAACUGUCUCCUUAAAUAUUAAUAUUUAAGGUAUUUUGUAUAGACGGUCAUGUUCCCCUCACAAUACUUUAUAAUAACAAUGCUAUAUUUAGAUCUUGUAUCAUCACCAUAACCAAAUUAAUUUGUAGAAUCCUACAAGUUUGGGGUCAGAUACCUGCAAAGCUAACAAAGUUCUAGCCUCAGUUGUAUUUUAUACCAAAAUUGAAAUCUGAGCAUUUCACUGUGUUCAUCUGAAGAAUGAAGAUGGGGAAAUCUAAUCUGAUAGUGCAUAUUAGCCUGCUUGCAUAGAAUUAAGUUCAAAGCAAAGCUGUAUGUAAGUAGCAAAAUAUUCACUGCCUUUCUUGAGUUCAGCUUGCACCAUAAGAAAACAAUGUCUAACAUGUUCUGGCUCUUGACAAUCGCUAACAAAAUGCACAUUUCCUUUUAGUCUGAUGACUGUUUAUUUUUACACUCAUCCUGUAUUUUUAUAGUAAUUCAUUGGUUUUAUAUAAAUGACUGAAAGAUAUUUUGUUUGCCUGUCAGAAGCAGUUACAGAAAGCAGCUGCAUGUAUGUCAGGUGCAGGGAUAGCAUCAUGAUCCUGAAGA